GGCAAGACGAAAACAAUGGAUAAGUGCAAGGCAAAUUUCAUUGUCAUCUUGAAUAGAUUCUACUAGAAUAAAGAAUCCAUUGUUUAAUCCAAAUUUUAUUUAGUUUUCAACGGUGGUGGAGAAGAGCAAUGUUGAAGAAGAUGUUGCGGAGUUCCUGUUCCAGAGGAGGAUUAGGAAACAAUAGGAAGGAGAUGAUAGUGGCAGUGAUAUUUUUUUGCGUUUGCUUAGUAACAAUCGAGUAUGGAGUAAGAGUGACGGAGGCAGAAGAGUAUUUCAAACCGUUCAAUGUCACCUACGACCACCGCGCUCUCAUCCUCGACGGCAAACGCCGCAUCCUCAUUUCCGCCGGAAUCCACUAUCCUCGCGCCACUCCCGAGAUGUGGCCUGACUUGAUUGCAAAGAGCAAGGAAGGUGGAGCCGAUGUGAUUGAAACUUAUGUUUUCUGGAAUGGGCAUGAGCCAGUGAGAGGACAGUAUAAUUUUGAAGGGAGAUAUGAUCUUGUGAAGUUUGUGAAGUUAGCAGCAGCUCAUGGACUCUAUUUCUUUCUCCGUAUAGGCCCUUAUGCGUGCGCCGAGUGGAACUUUGGGGGUUUCCCAGUGUGGUUGCGUGAUAUCCCUGGUAUUGAAUUUCGAACAAACAAUGAACCUUUCAAGGAGGAGAUGAAGCGCUUUGUCUCCAAGAUGGUGAAUAUGAUGAGAGAGGAAAUGCUGUUUUCUUGGCAAGGUGGUCCUAUAAUUUUGUUGCAGAUUGAGAAUGAAUACGGGAACAUUGAGAGCUCCUAUGGCAAAGGAGGUAAAGAGUAUGUUAAAUGGGCGGCUAAGAUGGCUCUAAGUCUUGGUGCUGGGGUCCCAUGGGUCAUGUGUAGACAACAGGAUGCUCCAUAUGAUAUUAUUGAUACAUGCAAUGCAUACUACUGUGAUGGAUUUAAACCAAACUCUCAUAACAAACCAACGAUUUGGACAGAGAAUUGGGAUGGAUGGUAUACACAGUGGGGUGAAAAAUUACCUCAUAGACCUGUUGAAGACCUUGCUUUUGCAGUUGCACGAUUUUUCCAACGUGGCGGAAGCUUUCAAAAUUAUUACAUGUAUUUUGGCGGAACAAAUUUUGGCCGCACUGCAGGGGGCCCCUUGCAAAUUACAAGUUAUGAUUAUGAUGCCCCAAUUGACGAGUAUGGUCUGUUGCAUGAGCCAAAAUGGGGUCACUUGAAAGAUUUACAUGCUGCAUUGAAACUUUGUGAGCCUGCCCUGGUUACUGCCGAUUCACCAACAUAUAUAAAAUUGGGUCCAAAGCAGGAGGCACAUGUAUACCAAGCAGAUGUUCACCCUAAUGGAUUGAAUUUGUCUUCCUUUGAAUCUCCAAGCAUAUGCUCAGCAUUUCUUGCCAACAUUGAUGAAAAAAGAGAGGCAACAGUGACAUUUCGUGGUCGAAGAUACACUAUACCACCAUGGUCUGUCAGUGUGUUGCCAGAUUGCACAAAUACAGUUUUCAAUACUGCCAAGGUUAGAGCUCAAACUUCUGUCAAACUAGUAGAAUUUGAUUUUCCAACUGUCUCCAAUAUUUUCCCAGCCCAGCAAAGUAGGGACCACAAUGGUAUCUACUACAUCUCAAAGUCUUGGAUGACUACAAAAGAGCCACUCAAUAUUUGGAGUAAGAGCAGUUUCACUGUUGAAGGUAUAUGGGAGCACUUAAAUGUGACAAAGGAUCAAUCUGACUAUCUUUGGUAUUCAACCAGAAUAUCCGUUUCUGACAGUGACAUCUUGUUUUGGGAGGAAAAUGAUGUCCGUCCAAAACUUACAAUAGAUGGUGUCCGUGAUAUACUGCGAGUAUUUGUCAAUGGCCAGCUUAUAGGUAAUGCUGUUGGUCAUUGGAUCAAGGUGGUCCAGUCUCUUCAAUUUCUCCCAGGAUACAAUGAUUUAACACUGUUAACUCAAACAGUGGGUUUGCAGAAUUAUGGUGCAUUUAUUGAGAAGGAUGGAGCAGGGAUCAGAGGUACAAUAAAGAUCACUGGAUUUAAAAAUGGAGAUAUAGAUCUUUCAAAAUCAUUAUGGACCCAUCAGGUUGGGCUGCAGGGCGAGUUUUUAAAACUUUACAGUGAAGAGAAUGAAAAUUCAGGGUGGGUAGAAUUAACCCCUGAUGGCAUCCCAUCCACAUUUACAUGGUACAAGGCAUACUUUGAUGUUCCUGGUGGCCUAGAUCCAGUUGCUCUUGACUUGAAAAGCAUGGGGAAAGGUCAGGCUUGGGUGAAUGGUCACCAUAUUGGAAGAUACUGGACUCGGGUUUCUCCAAAAAGUGGAUGUAAACAAGUCUGUGAUUAUCGUGGAGCAUAUGAUUCUGACAAGUGUUCAACAAAUUGUGGAAAACCGACCCAAACAUUGUACCAUGUGCCACGAUCAUGGUUGAGAGCAUCCAACAAUUUACUCGUUAUCUUGGAAGAAACGGGAGGAAAUCCGUUUGAGAUUUCUGUAAAGGUACAUUUGUCCAGCAUAAUAUGUGCUCAAGUGUCAGAAUCCAACCAUCCACCUCUACAGAAGUUGGUAAAUGCGGAUCUCAUUGGGGAAGAAGUUUCUGUUAAUAAUAUGAUACCUGAACUUCAGUUAUAUUGUCAAGAAGGACAUACAAUAUCCUCCAUAACAUUUGCUAGCUUUGGUACCCCCCGAGGUGGUUGUCAGAACUUUUCUAGGGGAAACUGCCACGCUCCUAGUUCCAUGUCAAUAGUCUCCAAGGAAUGUCAAGGGAAAAACAGCUGCUCCAUCAAAAUCUUAGAUACUGUAUUCGGAGGUGACUCAUGUCCGGGUGUUGAGAAAACGUUGUCUGUGGAAGCCAGAUGCACAUCGUUAUUGAGUGAUAGUUUCUUUCAAGAGGCUGUAAGUAGCUCCUAAAAUGUUGUUCGGUGUGAAUCUAAUGCAUAAGUCAACCAACUAGAUAAUGGUGCUAACCUGAAAAGGUCCUUUCAUUCUAUUGUGUGGACACAAUGAUACUUCAAUAAAUGUCAUUAUUUAGUGCAUA